GACACAAGAAGAGUUUUGGGUUGGAGAGUGUGAAACAUCAGCAGUCACACAGAGUUUAUUUCCACCAUCUUUGUAAAUUUUAGUUAUUUUAUGAAAUUUAGAAAUUAUGAUGCUUACCUUCCGGUGAAAUAAACAUUAUUGAGUGAUUGUACUUAGUACUAAUUCUGAUUCAAGUUUAUUGCUUGUGCCAACGAUGAAUCGCAGUGACGGUCUUGUGCAAAGACGUAACAUCAAUCGAGAGAACUCUGGUCUUUCUUCAAGAGAAAGUCAAGAGAAUUUUGAAGACAGAAAAUCGGAUAGGGAAGAAGAUACUGAAGAUGGAGAUUCAAAGGAAACAAGACUCACUCUUAUGGAGGAAGUAUUGUUACUUGGCCUCAAAGAUAAAGAGGGAUACACAUCUUUCUGGAAUGAUUGCCUAUCAAGCGGUCUGCGUGGGUGUAUAUUAAUAGAACUGGGUUUGCGAGGGCGGGUUGAACUGGAGAAAGCAGGGAUGCGGCGCAAGAGCCUGCUGAACCGCAAAGUGCUGGUGAAGAACGACACUCCCACUGGAGACGUUUUGCUGGACGAGGCACUGAAGAGGAUGAAGGAAACUGAUCCACCUGGAACCACACAGUGUUGGAUAGAUUAUCUCACUGGUGAAACAUGGAAUCCCCUGAAAAUGCGCUACCAAUUGAGGAACGUUCGAGAAAGACUUGCCAAGAACCUCGUGGAGAAAGGUGUUUUAACUACAGAGAAAACUAACUUUUUUCUGUUUGAUAUGACUACACAUCCACUUACUGAUAAUAUUGCCAAAACUAGACUUGUGAAAAAGGUCCAAGAUGCAGUGCUGGGGAAAUGGGUGAACGACCCACAACGGAUGGACAAACGAAUGUUGUCACUUCUUCUCCUUGCACAUGCUUCUGACGUCCUUGAAAACGCUUUUGCUCCUCUCAACGAUGAUGACUAUGAACUAGCCAUGAAGAGAGUGCGAGAACUCAUAGACUUAGAUUUAGAAGUAGAAGCAAUGAAAUCGCAGAAUCACGAAAUUAUUUGGGCUGUUUUUGCUGCCUUUACCAAGUGA